AGCUCUAGCUUCCCUUGAUCAAUUAGUUCUACUUCAAUUCUCAGCUUUUAAUUAAGUUAGCAUAGCUAUUUAUCAAGGCUUUAAGACCAUGAGAGAGGAGAAAGUGUUUUAUCAUAGCAGGUCAGCGAACAUUGUAUCAGAACGCCACACCAUAAUAGAAGACUGCCAUUGCGUGCGUUAUGAUCAUGUCCACCCUGCAGAAGAAAUUUCAUACUUCCCAGCCCCUGCCAUGAGAGACGAGUACCAUGGCGGCUGGCCCACCAAGACUGUCACCGUAAGGCCUCUUCCUCCUCCUCAACAGGUACAAUAUUAUCCAUACCCCAACAUGGAUCAAAAUCAUGUUCCUCCUCCUCAUCAUCAGAUCAGAAGGCCUGUAAAGACGGUGGAAGUUCCAGCUCAGAAGCCUCAUCAGAUAAAGGGCGGCGUUCUUACUAGCACUGAGGCAGCAAAGAUCUACAAGGGAGUGUUUAUUACUGAAUAUGGUACCAAGAAAUAUCCUCGACCAAAUUGCCGUUAAUUUUCUUGGUACACAAGAAAAAUAGUCAGCCUUUUCUUCCUCCCUCCCAGUGAUCCUUUUAAUUACUAGAUAUACCCUAUAUCUGCGCAGCGUGUAUCUUUUUCUUUUUCUUUUUUUCUUUGUUUCGAUUUCCAAUGGACAUGGCUUCCGGGGCUAUCCAUCAAGGAUUGACCCUGUGAAAGUUGCCGCCGAUCAAUAUGCCAGCGAGUUGUCCUGUAGAAUUGGAUUGAUUAUCCUGAUCAGCUUGUAAUUAAUAUAGUAUGUACGUACCUACAUACAUAUUUCGUACAUGAUAAUA